AUGGUAAGGGAACAUGUGGAGAAGGCCCAGCACGCCCAAGCCAAGGUCUACAAUCGGGGUACCCAGCCCCGAGAGUUCCAUGUGGGUGACAAGGUGCUAGUUUUAAUCCCCACCGCAGAAAGUAAGUUCCUGGCAACAUGGCACGGGCCGUACAAGGUGACAGAGAAGCUGGGACCCGUAAAUUACCGUGUAUGGCAGCCGGGGAGACGGAAACCCCAACAGAUGUACCAUGUGAACCUGUUGAAGAGGUGGCAUUUGCGGCACAUUGAGAACCGCCUGGAGGCAGCUCCUGGCUCUGGGGUUCUGCUGGAAUCCAUCAUGGAUACAAAGAAAAGCUCUGGGGGCGCCACAAGGAAAGUCAGCCGCAGAGAUGGGCGGCGCACAGAGGACUGCUCUCAGGCUGGUGGAACCUCCAAGUCCAGCACAAGAAGUCGUCGCAGCCCAGACAAGAGCUCCCGCAGCCCAGACAAGAGCUCCCGCAGCCCACUGAGGAACACCACACAGGACAGCAAUGUCCGUAGGAACAACUGUGUGGAGUUCAAGGAGCCUCUGGCUUCCUAUAGGGAAGCGACUCCACCACCCCUGACCUCCUCCCAGCUGGAGGCCCACAGUCUGCAGUCGGAGGUGGCUAACCCCCCUCCCCCGGACUCCCGUCUCAGCCAGCUGGUCUACCAGAGUGACACCCGAGACCAGCAAACCCGCCGAGACCUGGACAGCACACACUCGUCUGCUCUGGACAGCACCGUGGUGCGCUACCUCAACGACCGGCCCGCGCUGGACGCCCUGCGUCCACCAAGCCACGCUACUGCAGCCAGAGACCUUCACAGGGAGGAGGGCCCGGAGGACAGGCCCAAAGCACACACCCUGGAGUGCCCGGCACCACCCUCAGCAGAGAACUCUUCGUCCUCCAGUCCCGGCUCAGCCUCCCAGCGGCUGGAAAACUUAAGGCGAAGGCAGCCGGACGACAAGCUGGAGAAGCUGAAGGAGCGGAUCCGCAGGCAGAGAGAGCACCUGGAAGAGGCUGCAGAGAGAGACGGGUUGCUGGGGUACCUGGAUCAGCCAGUGGGCAUCGCUGGAGCUGUGGAGAAAACCACCGUACCCACGGCUAAAGUGCGCAAAGUGGCAGCCGCACCUCCGGCACCUAUAUACAAAGGUUUCAGCAGUAGUGAGACAAAGAUCCGCACUCCUGAUGGGAAAGUGUGGCGAGAGGAGGAGUUCCACAACCUGAGCAGAGAGAUCUACAGAGACCUGUCUCGCCAGCUCUCAGACAGUACCAAGCCCCAGCAGUGGCCCACAGAGAAGGCUAAGGAGAGGAAGCCGUCCAAGCCUGUGAGGAAAGUCCAUAAAUCAGCUUCUGUUCCUGACCCAAAGACCAAGCCAGUGAUCAGCACCACGUCAUGGCGGGAGGGCCAGAAGAUGGUGAAGAUGGUACUGGGUCCCCCUCCACGUCUGCCUCGAGAGCAAAGGCCAGAGCCCACAGACAGACUGGCCAGGACAGGACCCCUUCCCCGGUCAAAUUCAGACCACCGUCCGGAGCUGAAGCAUCGGUCCAGACCCAGCAGCCGAGACAGGACCACCCAUCCCAACCUUCAGUCUGCAGGCACAGCCAAGGACAGGGCCCCCAACACAGACGACCUCUCUGCAGAUAUCCGGGGCAUCCUGGAUGACCUGCAGCUGAAGAGCAGAGCAGAGGAGCGAGGUCCAGCGGAUCCCAGGAGAGGUUUGGAGUCCAGGGCCAGAACCACAGCAUGGACGACUGGUGGCUCCUCCUUAUGGGGCUCCCGCAGUGCCAGCCCCGCCAAGCGCAACAAACCAGAGCCCUCAGAACUAGCGCCCAGGAAGAGGCACUAUGACGCCGACUCAGUGCGCCAGUACAUCGCCCGGCAACAGGAGGAGCGCAAGAGACGUCAGGUGGAGGAGCGGAGGGCCCAGAGGGAGGAGGCGGAGAGGAAGAGCCAACGUCUGCAGGAGCUGUACAGGAAGCAGAGAGAGGGGGUAGCCAAUAAGGGCCCUGCAGUACCGGAAAGCCCAGUACAGAAACGCCUGCAGGAGACCUACACCAAACUACUACUGGAACAGGCUCAGCUAGGAGAGGAACCUCUGCCUUCCCAGACACAGCCAGCAUCUGCCACAUCCCUGUACCAGCCAUCCGGGGAGUCGGACAAGGAGAACAAGAGACAGGAGAGACCCCAGAGUGCCUCCUCCAGCAGUGACCUGUCUCUUUCUGAGCCCCCGCCCCCUCCACUCUCAAGGAAUGAGUUGGGCUUGGGUGUUCCAUCGUGGCUGCAGCCGGACCGCCUGAGUUCUGCAGUCAGACCCUCCACCGCUCUGGCUCCACCCACAGACCAGCUCUUCUCCCCACUCUUAGGCCCGGAAACAGCAGGGAGCUCUGGUGGGAGGGGAACCAACCCACCAGCCAGGCCCCAGCAGUCCACUCUCAAUGGAGCUGGCAACAAGACCAAGAUGAACCGCAUUGAGGCCCUGAAAGCCACCGCUGCGUCCCUGUCCACUCGCAUAGAGAGUGAAGCGAGGAAACUGGCUGGCGCAGGGAUCAACUAUAGCUGUGCAUGGGACAUGGACGUGACUGGUCUGACCCCUCCGGAUGACGGCCACUGGGCCAAGCCUGUGAGCCCACCGGUCAGAGAGAGAGCUGAUGCUGCUGACGAGCUGUCCAUGAGGAUCCAGAGGCUGCUGAGUGCUGGCCAGAGCACAUACAACGGAGCUCUCCCAGGGGUGGGCAACCUGCACAGCUUCAGAGAGCAGAGAGACAGGACCUCUGCUCCAGGCAGCAGGCCCCAGACAGCCCCAGGCCUCGGCUCCCAUAAGCAGCCAGAGGAGGAGAAGGGAGGGAAGACCAUCACCCAUGACUCCAGUGGUGAGUCCAUCAGUGAGGGCCCACUGCUGAGCGAAUGCAGCCUGUCGGAGGGCGACGGGAGCCCCCUCACCAACAUAAAGGGGGACGCAAAACCGGCAGAGCGUCUCGGGGCUCUGGACUUCUGUGCAGGCCAGCGGGAGGGCUUCCAGCCCAUCUCUCACUUCCAGAGAGAGGCAGAGAAGUACUCGGGCCUCAGCCCCCUCUCUCAGCAACGGGACAGCAGCCGUGGCCCAUGGGAGGAACUGGCCAAGGGAAGCCCUCAUAGUGUCAUCAAUAUCUUCACCAAGAACCACCUGCUCAACCACACCAAAGUUGGAGGAGAGGAGCGAGCAGACCGGAGUUCCCCUCCUGUGCAUUGUGGCCUGUCUGCAGCCAGCUUGGUGGAUGGGGCACCAAUGUAUGAGGAUGACUUUGUGUCAUCCCGUAGCAGCAGCAGCCAAUAUAAGAAAAGAUACAACGGACGCAGUGUCACGAGUGGGAACAGUCACUAUGACGAGUUGAUGAGUCGCAGGUCCCCUUAUGACACCAGGACUGUAGACCUGCCAUCCCAACACUCCUCAGGCUCCACACCAGUAUCUUCACCUCACUCAAAGGGCUCUGUGAAAAGGGGCUCUGCUUCAGACAAGAGUGAUGCCACUCUGGUGGAGGAGCAGAGGAGCCCCUGCUACCCGGACUUGGAGGCCCUGACUAGAGACUCCAGAUGGGGAGGCUCAGUUUCCGAGAGAAGCUCUGUCCACAACCUGGUGAAGAGCGCCUACUCUGACUGUACACUAGGUGGCGCCUCAGGCGACACACUCCGCAGUUUGGGCUUGGACAAUAAGAAAUCCCCCAGCAGCCCUGGCCUGUCUCCAGCUGGCUCUCCUACAGGCUCUGGUUCUCCUCGUGUGUCUCCAAGCAGCGCCUCCCUAGCCGGGGCAGACAGCCUGGGCCUGGGUUCCGGCUCCCCUCACUCCUCAGCCCGCCCCAGCUCAUCCUCAUCCCUGUCGUCUGCAGCCAGAGCAGAGCCCAAGGCUGCAGGUAUACCACCUAGAAAUACCCGCUCAGCAGAAAUACAUACCAGUAUUGCCUAUCUACAGUGCCUUUGGAAAUUAUUCAUACCCCUUGACUUAUUCCACAUUGUGUUGUGUGAGCUCCACUACACCCCAGGGGUGUUGCAGCAGCGUAUGUCUGCAGAACUCAAUUACCUGGAAUCUAUAGAGGAGUCAGUGCGUCAGCUGGGUGACGUGGAGCGGCUGAGGGGCGUGUCUCUGGCUCAGCAUGAAAGCGUCUCGCUCGCCCAAAUACUCAAGGCGCAGCAGCAGCGGCACGAGCGUGACCUUUAUGAGCUGAAGGUGAAGUCCGAGCAGGAGAAACUGGAGACCCAACGUCAGCUGGAGGAAACACGGCAGAAAGCAGCCAGGGCUCACGUGGAGCUGCAGGAGAACAUGGCUCAGACCCAGCAGCAGUCUCUGGGAGGCAUGCAGGAGGCCACCACUAAGAUGAUGAGCCAACAGGCUGAGUCUGUCCGCUAUACGGCCGAAGCUGCCCGCCAGAUCAAAGAGAUGACCGAUCUGGCCCGUUCUCAGAUUGCUGGAGCCAUAGGUGUCCCUGCUGCUGCUCCCAUCACCACCCUGUUUGACCAGCAGAGGCAGCAUCACCAGAGCUUCAUGAAGCAGCUCCAGUCCCGCACUGACACAGACAGCUCCAGGAAUGAGGUGUCUGCUGCCUGGACCAGGACUGAGGAGCCCCUCUCCUCCCUGGACAGCCACUCUGACUCCAUCCCCUCCAGGAGACCCACCCUCAGUGGUGGAGAGAGUAGCAGCCACAUGAGUCCCUCCCUGGCCUCAUCUGAGAAGAGGGAGAGGAGGAAGGCUGAGACAGGUAACAGCUCAGUGGAGGAGGAGGCCCAUACAGCAGCUGAUGACUCCAUCCCCAGUGACAGCGUGCAGUCCCUACUGGAUGAGAAAGACAGCAUCUCAGUUGCUACAGAGUACUCUCUGAAGUUUGAUGAGUCCAUGACGGAAGAUGAGAUUGAGGAACGUUCGUUCCGCUCUCUGCUUCCCUCUGAGUCUCACCGGCGGGGAGCGGUGGAGAAGAGAGGUCCCCGUGAGGAGUCAGACAACCAACCCAGUCAGGAGAAGACCACAGAACAGGACAGCUCCAAGCAGCAGCAGGAUGGCAGCAUGCCCUUCUCUAGCGGGCAGGACAGCUUCUCCAGGUUCACCAUGGACAUGGUGCGUCAGUACAUGAAGGAGGAGGAGGUGCGCGCACACCACCAGAGCUCCCUGCUGCGCCUGCGACAGAAGGCCCUUAAGGAGAAGACCAAGGCCGAGCUCGCCUGGCUGGAGCAUCAGAAAAGGCACUGGCGCUUCAGAGACAAGGGUGAAGAUGACAAGAUGCCGCCCAUCAGAAAGAAGCAAAGAAGCCUACUGAUGAAACUUCAACAGGAGCAGGCGGAAAUCAAGUGUCUGCAGGAGGCCAACAGGGCAGCCAGGAAGGAGAGGCAGCUGCUGCUCAAACAGCAGGAGGAGAUAGAGAGGAUGAGAUACACCACCCUCAAGCUGAAGGAGCGCCUCAAGUGUGCCAGCACCGGUGACACCCCACCAGAGACUCCAGUGUCAGAGCCCAUAGAUGUGACAGCUUCCCCCAGUGCUGCGAUAACAGACGGGGACGUGCGCAGUGCCUCUCCCCUCUCAGUGUCUGGCAGUGAGACCAGCAGCAUCAUGCAGAAGCUCAAGAAGAUGCGCUCUCACAUGGAGGAGAAGUUCCUGACCAAGCGGGAGCAGGGUUUGAUGCAGCGGCGGAGGCAUGCGGGGGAGCUGCUGGAGUGGAAGCAGAGGCUGGAUGCUGAGGAGGCAGAGGUGAGGCACAUGGAGAAGCAGGCCAUGGCUGCCUGGGACAGAGAGUGUCCUAGAGACCGAGACCAGAGGUCAGAACAGAGAGAGAGCCCCAACGCCAGCCCCAGCCAGCACAGCCCUGAGGGCAGAACUGACAGAGACUCUGUGAGUGAGGGUGACUACUCCCCAGUGGUGACUGGCUCCAGCGUGCACACAGAGCUGUCUGGGUCCCAGCAGCCAGACAUCCCCUGCACUGAUCAGCCUUGCUCUGUCUCUGAGCUGCCCUCUGCCCAGCACAGCCCCUCUAUCUACACCCAGGACUUUGACUCCCCCUCUGUGAGCAGGAGGUCUCCUUCACCAAAAGCCAGCCUCGACACUAACACACACCCAGAGGGCAGCAGCAGCAAGAUGCAGCUCCGCUCCUCCUCCAGGACCGCCAGCCACGACCCCAAGGCCACUGACACCCCUUCAGGCAUACACACAGAGUCCGUGUCAGAUCAGAGAGAUAUCGAGAGCCGUAUCCGUGCCCUGAAAGAGGAGCUGCGCAAACGCAAGUCUGUGGUGUACCAUCUGAAGAAAGAGCAGAAGAAGAGGCACAAAGAGCGUCUGAAAGCCCAGGAGGCCAGCCUACUGAAGCAGCUAGAGUCCUACAAUGACUUCAUUGAGAAGACCAAGACUGAGUUGAAUAAGGAACCAGACUCGACACCCUCUGCCAAGCCUCAAAUCAAGGCCCCCAUCUCAGCCACAGAGAAGCACAAGAUUAAACCACUACCUUCUUACAGGUCUGAAACCAGCAAAAACUCGAAGGUUGUCUCUGACUCUGAGAAAGCUGAGAAGACCCUUCCACAUUCUCCAGUUGGACAAGAUGACCUCACACAAUCUGGGCUCAGUAAAUAUACCUCAGGGCAUGAGGAGUCCUCAGACGAGGACCCCCCUACAGUCACCCCAACUCCAGUGUAUGGGAGUCCAGAGCACACCAACGGUCUAAGGGGCCUGCUAUCCCCCGAGCAUCACCCCAGGCAGCCUUCUGAGGGGGCACUCCCUCUGAGGGAGCCAGCCAGACCACAGGCCACCGACUCGGGGGAUGAGAGCGUUGUCUCCAGCCUCCGGUCAGAGGUCAUGGAGGAGCUGGACUCUGUGAAGUCUGAAGGCUCUGAGCAUUCUCAUUCCCGCUCUGAAGACCGACACUUUGACCAUCUACUCAAACUUGACCUAGAGCAGAGACCAGCUUCCCAGCAGCACCAGUCUCUGUCUGAACAUGUUUCCAUAAAGAAAGGAGAACAAGGGCUUUCCCCGAUAAGCAGUCUUGAUGUUGAUGAGAAAUCGCCAUCCCCCAUCAAAGAGCGAUCAUACAGCCCCGAGUCUGAUGCUUUUUCAUCAAAUAGGGACUUUUCAGCCAAGGGUAAGGAGGCCUCUCCUUCAGCUGAUGAUUAUCAUGAAGACUUUGAAUCCUCAGUGGAGUCGUCACUCAGGGAGGACAACCAAGGCUCCAAACCUACCUCACCGUCCCGCCAAGAGACCAAGGAGGCUUCCCACAGUAGUUCACCCUUCUACAGUAGUGAGGAGGAUAUCGGUGAAGCGCUGAGUGAAAGAUCUGGAGCUAAUUGUGGCAGUCCUUGCUCUGAAGGACUUCUGGACCUGAAUAGCCAGACCAAGGAUUCCCAGGAGAACGUGAUUAGUUCAAAACGCUCCCCAACGAUCUCCCCUUCCCAGACACCAACUUCACAAUCAGUGGAUGAAAUGCCUAACUUCACCAUUGAGGACAGGGUUUUAGUGAGCAACGUCCAGCCUGGUACGCUUAGAUUCAAGGGCCACACCAGCUUUGCCAACGGCUUCUGGGCUGGAGUAGAGCUGGACAAGUUUGAGGGAAGCAACAAUGGCACCUACGAUGAGGUGGUUUACUUUGAGUGUGAGGAGGGCCAUGGCAUCUUCGCUCCUCCAGACAAGAUCUCCCAUCUGCCAGAUAAGUUUGAGAUCUAUGUGGAAACCACAGAGGAUGAGGACUCUUUCCUUGACGACCAGUCUGAAGACGAGACAAAGAAACGCCACAUUGAGAAGACACACGGGGGGAAUCUGACAAAUAGAAAAGAGGAAACAUCUCAGAAGAGUUAUGAUUCUGAAGACAAAGGACCUACUGAUGUGAAUGAUGGUUCAGCUGAACACAAGAUAAACCUGACCAACUCGCAUGAGUUCAAAGAGGGAGAGUAUCCAAUGUCCAAUGGAAGAACCAAGACAAUCAUUCUGGACCUUGAAGAUGUGCCUACCAGUCUCUUCAGCACUGACAUAGACAGUAAGAUAGCCUUGGGGAAGAUAACUCUUAAUGAGACCACUACCCUCAUUGAGAGGAAAGGCCUAGAUACCCAUCAGAAGUCUACUCCAGAGCAAACCGUGGAGAAAGACGCCCUCAGUGCUUUUGCAGAUAAGCUCCUCAACAACUUCAUGAAAGAUGCUGUGAAGCAAUUCGCACUGAUCAGAAAGUCCAAAGAAGAGAAGAUAUCAGCUUCUAAUCAAAUGCAAGAUUACCUUUUUAAUGAUGAGGGUAGGGAGACUGUCUCCCAACCACAGUCUGUAGCACAAAGAGAUGGUCUGCCCUUCUUCGUAGAUGCAGAGCAAGAAGAGCAAGUCUCCUCUCCAGAACUCUGUAACCGGCCUGAGAGUCCAGUGUUGGGGGCCAGUGGUCAGGAGGAGUUGGCCAAACGUCUGGCUGAGCUGGAGCUGAGCCGCGAGCUACUGGAUGAACUGGGAGACGAGCAGGACUGGUUCGAUGAGGACUAUGGCCUCAGCUCUCAUAGAGAGCAGCAAAGACAGAAACGGAGGCAGCAGCAGGAAGAAGAGGGGCUGUCUGCUGGCUCAGGAUGCCAGGUGAAGACCCCACCCAGACCAGAGCUGCCCCUGCAGCCCAAGCUCCCUGAGCAGCCUGCUAUGGUGGUUCCCCACUCCGCCCCUGAAGUGGAGAAACUGGUCCAUGCUGCCACCCAGGAGAUCUGGGACAGAUUUAACUUGGGCCAGGGCACACAGACCCUCGCUGGUCUCCCCGUCCUCAAGCCUUCAGAGGAGUUCCUGGGCUGCGAUACCAUAGGCCAGGAUAAAGGUCAAUGUGUUCGCAGCUACAGACAGGCUGUAUAUGACUUAACAUGGGAGAUCAUCCAGGAGAUCUUUGCAGAGGAUCCUAACGCCCAUCAGCCUCAGUGGGUGAAGCCUCGACGCAUGAACUCCUCCUACUUCCAUAGAGUAAAGAGCCCUGGCGACAUCACCAGGGUUCAGGUGUUCAUCACCACCGAGGUGUUGAAGCUGUAUGGCCUGAAGAAAGACCACAACCAGAAAACAGAUUGGCAGAAGAUGCUGAAAUUCGGGAGGAAAAAACGGGAUCGGGUAGAUCAUAUUCUGGUCCAGGAGCUUCACGAGGAAGAGUCUCAGUGGGUGAACUAUGAUGAAGAUGAGCUCUACGUCAAGAUGCAGUUGGCUGACGGGAUCUUUGAUGCAUUAAUAAAGGACACAGCAGAAGUUCUCUCUCAAAUUCAGGAGAAGAGAUCAAAAAGGGCCCUUUCCUGAGCUUUUAAACCUCCGUUUUAAACCCACCUUCCACCAGACAUUUCCUCCCACAGCCAAUGUGCCAAUGAUCUCCGGAUGCCUUCAUUUCAGUCAAACUGGUACCUCUCUGCUACACAGAUUUGGAUCAGCUAAUUGUGGAUCUACCACAUGUCUUACACCAAACAUCUUUGAUCCAGCCUUUAACCAAUAUGUAAAGCCUCCCACGCUGGCCCACCUGUUCAUGGUCAGUCAAAGAUGGAGUAGACCUAGUUUUGCAUUAAAUUAAUCAAUGCUGCUAAAUGUAAUGUUCCAUGACAAACUCAUGGUUUUUGUGAUGAGCACAGGGGUAAUUUGACAAGACACUAAAGACGGGACGAUAAGGAUUAAUAGAGUAUGGAAGAAUCAUUGGGGUUAUCAGAUUUUUUUUUUAAUUAUAGUAUACAAAUAAAUAUUUUGCCUCCUGUAUUGUGAUAUUUAUUGUGAACUAUUUGAUUAGGAUUUUUUUUUUUUAAUUUGUAAGUAGUCUUGCUGUUAACAUGUUUAGAAACAAAGUUUAUUUUAGAAUUUUGUAAAACAGACUGAUGAAAUAACAAAGCACAAAAAUAAAUGGGAAUGUGAAAAUGGCAAUUCAUUGUAUAGGGAUUUAAAGGGAAUGUUGUUGAAAAGACCUGCAAAGAUGCCUAUUUGUAUUUAAUAUUUAAAUAUCUUAAUAUUAGUAAUUGAUGGAUUUGAACACUGUCCCUUUUCUUCCAUCGUUUUACCUGUUAACUAGCCUCUUGGCCACAAACAGAUAUCAAGAGGUUCUACACGGUUAGUUUAGAAACCUUUAAUUCUGUCAUGCUGGAUUCAGUUAAAGUGCCUCUUUUCUGUUCUGUAUGAUUAUGAAUUGCCUCACUCAAGAAGAGCAACACAAUUUACAGGCCUUAAGUGAUGUCUCUACUCUUAUGGACCUCCUUUAUUUUAAUGUUAUUUACAUAUAUAUACCAUGUUUUUCAUAAAUACCUAAAGGAUAACUUUUCCCCAACUGGGUAAACCUUCAGUCUUUGCCUUAUUCUGUGUCUACCGAAGCAUAGUUCUAUCAGAGAACACCUUGAUAUCCCCCAUUUGCCUUUUGGCAUUUGAGUCACUAAUUCAGAAACAUUAGAAAUGCAAUACAGACAAGCAAGUAUUGCAUUUCUAAUGUUUCUGAAUCAGUGACUCAAAUGCCAUUUAUGGUAGGUAGAUUAACUAGCUUCUGUGUCGUUAUGCCUCUGUGGGUGUCACUGAUGAUACACAUUUGAUAUACUGUAAUGGAACCAAGUGUUCUCGCCAUUCGGCUUUUGCAUCAUGGUAACACGUGAGUCAUGGAUUAAUCUGUGUGGGUCGUAGCAUUCAACAUUGAUGUUCAAGGGCUUACUCUUCUUUAGCUACUUCAGUCCAAGAAUACUGUGAUGUAGCUACAGAUGAAUUUAACAUGCAUGACUAUGCUUGUCAACUGUAAUGUCUGUUAGCAAAGUGACUUUAAUGGUGGUAAUGAAAGUUUGCAUACCAAUUAGCAUUUACCACCACUGUUCUUGUACCGGACGAAGGGGUAGAUAUUUAAACGGUCUAUUGCUAGGGCUCUGACUGUACAUUUCCCUUUGAUACCUGUUUCUCCAUGAUAUGCCUAAUUUCUGGUCCCUAGAUGUGUUUAAUGAGAGAACUAUGAUGUGAUUUCUACCUAAGAAAUGCAUUUCCACAAGGCUGUAUUGCAACACUUCCCCAGGGAUUGACAUUUAGGGAUGCCCUGUUUUGGGGCUGCAGGUAGCCAAGUGGUUAGAGAGUUGGGCCAGUAACCGAAAGGUUGGUGGAUCGAAUCCCUGAGCUAACAAGGUAAAAAUCUGUCGUUCUGCCCCUGAACAAGGCAGUUAACCCACUGUUCCUAGGCCGUCAUUGUAAAUAUGAAUUUGUUCUUAACUGACUUGCCUAGUUAAAUAAAAGAAUACCAAAAAUACCAGAAUUUCAUAAGCCUAAAAUUGAUAUUUCUGGGUCCUCCCAGUGAAGUGAAAGACAAAACAUUUGUGGGGCAAGUUGAGCCUGGUGAGAUAAUUUUUGUACUGACAACCAUUAUACUAAGAAUUCCAGUACUAAUGUUUCUGAUUCCUCCCAUAUGUGUAGGUGAAAGGCAGGCAAUAUGACACUUCUGAGUGUAAAUACGACUAAUAAAACUAACUAGCUCAUUUACAUUUUCUGGGAAGUGAUCAUAAUCUUCGGGUAACUGAAAAAUACUCCUGACUUGUCCGACUUUAAUGUUAAUCCCUGGUGGUCUAGAAUGGUAAAAAAAAAAAUCUGAAUUGAUUGUAGUUUGGGGAUGAAAUGUCCCAUUUAUAUCUAUGCAGUAUUUGUUGGUUGGAUACAUUGUUUUACAAGCCAGCUUUGUAGUCUCAUUGAAUAACAAUGUAGUUGAAGUUCUCUGGGCCUCCCAUAGGACAGUCAAAAUGCCUCAAAUUGUUUUCAAACUGCUGUCUGUCUUUCGGAUUGUGUUGAGCCUUACUGUGAAAGGCACAAGCUGAGGCACACCAAACAAUGUUUUAUAGAGAUGCUGACUAAUGGAGAGUAAAUUAUAAAAAUAAAAAGUCUCACAUUAAUUAUGCUCCCAAACAUUUAAUGGGAAUAACAACCAACGUUUCGGCAUGCAGUGCCUUCUUCAGGGUUCCCUUGCUAUGAGGACAGGGAUUUCAAUUCCAAAACAAAAAUGUAUAUUAGGCAAAAAUGGUUAGAUAAUCAAAUGGCUUGUAGACUAGUGAAAUCUUUUUGCAUCUUUAAAGUGUAUGAAUAUUUAUAAUAAUGUACUACUGUGAGAGACGCAGGUGCACUUGAAGACUUGUACAUUGUUUUAUGGAGUGUUCUUGUAUAUUCACAAUCUCCUGUUGGAUCAAUCACUAUUGAACCUAUACGAUUAUUGUAAAAUAAACAUUGUUCACUUUGCGGAUAUGUAUAUAGUAUACAUAUAUAUUUGUUAACUAAAUUGAACUUUGAAAUUGUAAAUAAAGCUUUAAUUAUUUCCACAUA